CGGAGGGGGCGGGCCGGCGGCGCGGCUGGUGCUUGGCCGCCCCUGGCCGGCAGGGGGCAGCGCCCGCCCCGGAACGUCGGUGCGAGCGGAACCUCUGCGCGCCGGCGAGGGGGCGCCGUUCGGUGCGGGACCGCCGUGCCACGUCUGAGCCGCUCGGCCGGAGGGCAGCCCGCGCCGCUCGCCGCCGGGAGUACCGCGGGCACCGCCGUCGCCAUGGUCUCGGUAAUUAACACCGUGGACACCUCUCACGAGGACAUGAUACACGAUGCCCAGAUGGAUUACUACGGCACCCGGCUGGCCACCUGCUCCUCCGACAGGUCCCUCAAGAUCUUCGACGUGCGCAACGGCGGCCAGAUCCUGAUCGCAGACCUGAGGGGGCAUGAAGGUCCUGUGUGGCAGGUGGCCUGGGCUCAUCCCAUGUACGGCAACAUCUUGGCCUCCUGCUCCUACGACAGGAAGGUUAUUAUCUGGAAGGAGGAAAAUGGCACCUGGGAGAAGACCUAUGAGUACACAGGGCAUGACUCCUCAGUGAACUCUGUCUGCUGGGCACCACAUGACUAUGGCCUGAUCCUGGCCUGCGGCAGCUCGGACGGAGCCAUCUCCCUGCUGAGCUACACGGGGGAUGGGCAGUGGGAGGUCAAGAAGAUCAGCAAUGCUCACACGAUUGGAUGUAAUGCAGUCAGCUGGGCUCCUGCUGUCGUCCCAGGAAGCCUUAUAGAGCAACCCUCUGGUCAGAAACCCAACUACAUCAAGAGGUUUGCCUCCGGGGGCUGUGACAACCUCGUCAAGAUCUGGAAGGAAGAAGAUGGGCAGUGGAAAGAGGAGCAGAAGCUGGAGGCUCACAGUGACUGGGUUCGAGAUGUGGCCUGGGCUCCAUCCAUAGGCUUGCCAACAAGCACCAUUGCCAGCUGCUCGCAGGAUGGCAGAGUCUUUAUCUGGACCUGUGACGAUGCCUCUGGGAACUCCUGGUCACCAAAACUGCUGCACAAGUUCAACGAUGUCGUCUGGCACGUGAGCUGGUCCAUCACUGCCAACAUCCUUGCAGUGUCUGGAGGAGACAAUAAAGUCACGCUGUGGAAGGAGUCAGUGGAUGGACUGUGGGCGUGCAUCAGCGACGUCAACAAGGGGCAGGGCGGGGUCUCGGCCGUGGCAGAGGGGCAGCAGAACGAGCAGUGACGCCCCCAGCACGGCCCCGCCACCGCCGGUCCUCAGCUGCCGUGUUCCUGACCAACCAAAACUGACUGCAGCUGAACUGGGCAGCACGGUGGGGAGCAGUGAUGCGUUUCUGUCGGCAGUCUGUAACCGUUCCUGGCAGGCUGCAGUCUUGAUUGACAUUCCCUGAAAUGGAAGGUGAAGAGCAGAGCAAAGCACUGUGCCUUGGGCUACUCCUGCAGGCAGGGGGAGCUGUCCCUGCUCUCCUGGGCUGAGGUCAAAUCCAGUCGAUGGUGCUGUGGUCAGACCUGCAGCACCUGGGUGAGAACAGGAGGAGGCUGUCAGAAGUGUGACCUCCUGUGUGCCAGGAGACAGGAGUGAACUGCUGCCAAGGGGAAGCUGGAGAAGCCAACUGUCCAUAAAAUGGGUUGGAAGGUGGCAAAUUGGGCUGGCAUAGUACAAGAGCUGCCUGCACCCUCAGCUGUUCAUAGAAUUACUGACAGCCAGAGACUGGGAGGGAGGUGGAAGGAUCUAAAGUAGUCAGUGGUAAAGGUCUGGAGUCACUCCUUACUCUUCCUUCAGAGGGCAGGAGGUUGGCAGUGCAAGCUGGUGCAGUCUCGGCAGCAGAUGGCAGCAUGCAAGCUUGGCCCUUCUGGUGGCAGCGAAGUGGUGCUUUGGUCCCCCUGGAAGUGAUGUUCCUGGCCAGGUGGAAGUCCUGUGCUUCCCGAGGCUGGCCAGGAGUAGUGCAAUGCACAGGUCCUUUGCUCUGCAGCUGGUUCUUUAACCAGAUCACGAAAUCAAGCCCUAAACUGAAGAGGUUUUUUUUAGCCACACUUCUGUACCUCAGGAGUCUUUUGGUGAGAUACCAACAGAAUAAAGUCCUCUUGGUUAGA